AUGAAAUAUAAUUUUGGGUACCUAGUAGUAAUAUUAUUUUUCAGUUGUUUUAGUGAAUUAUUCAGACAGCAUUUGGAGAACUCAGGCUUGGAACUGUUAUGCAAUGAGUUGGGAAUAAUAGCAGUUGAUGUUGGAGCUAUUGACGUUAUCAUUCUUAUUCCAUGGGAGCCUAAAGCUUCUAACAUUCUUGAUGAAGAAUUAAAAUAA